CCCCUCCUUCCCCGCGCCCCUGUCCCGCCGCCGACCAGCUCGCCCAGGUCGCUGUCCCCGCGGAGUCCGGAGGUCACCGGCCCGCGCCUCCGCUCCCUCUGGGCCGCGCAGCGCCUCCACGAAUUCCUUCUCCUCCUGUUCCCCGGGCCGGGCGCCUGGCACCGGGGACCGUUGCCUGACGCGCGAGGCCCAGCUCCACUUUUCGCCCCGCGUCUCCUCCUCCUGCUCUCCUUCUCCAACUCCUCCAACUCCCUCACCCUCUGACUCCGCUCUCGAGCCCCUGUCUCCGAGCCCGCCCGCCCGCCACUUUCUGUCCGGUCCCAAAGGUGGGAGCGCGUCCGCCCCGGCCCGCACCAUGGCACGGUUCGGCUUCCCCGCGCUGUUCUGCACCCUGGCCGCGCUCAGCGCCGCGCUGCUGGCUGCCGAGCCCAAGUCGAAAAGUUGCUCGGAAGUGCGACGUCUCUACGUGUCCAAAGGCUUCGACAAGAACGAUGCCCCCAUGCACGAGAUUAACGGUGAUCAUUUGAAAAUCUGUCUCCAGGGUUAUACCUGCUGCUCUCAAGAGAUGGAGGAGAAGUACAGCCUACAAAGUAAGGAGGAUUUCAAAAGUGUGGUCAGCGAACAGUGCAAUCAUUUACAAGCUGUCUUUGCUUCCCGCUACAAGAAGUUUGAUGAAUUCUUCAAAGAACUACUUGAAAAUGCGGAGAAGUCCCUGAAUGACAUGUUUGUGAAGACAUACGGCCACUUGUACAUGCAGAAUUCUGAGCUGUUUAAAGAUCUCUUCGAAGAGUUGAAGCGCUACUAUGUGGCAGGGAACGUGAACCUGGAGGAAAUGCUGAAUGACUUCUGGGCCCGCCUCCUGGAGCGCAUGUUUCGCCUGGUGAACUCCCAGUACCACUUUACAGACGAAUAUCUAGAGUGCGUGAGCAAGUACACAGAGCAGCUGAAGCCCUUUGGAGACGUCCCUCGGAAACUGAAGCUCCAGGUCACUCGUGCAUUUGUGGCAGCCCGCACUUUUGCUCAGGGCUUAGCAGUUGCAAGAGAUGUAGUGAGCAAAGUCUCAGUGGUGAAUCCCACCACCCAGUGUACCCAUGCCCUGGUGAAGAUGAUGUACUGCUCCCACUGCCAAGGUCUCGUGACCGUGAAACCCUGUUACAACUAUUGCUCCAACAUCAUGAGAGGCUGUUUGGCCAACCAAGGGGAUCUUGAUCUCGAGUGGAACAAUUUCAUAGAUGCUAUGCUGAUGGUGGCUGAGAGGCUGGAGGGUCCUUUCAACAUUGAGUCAGUCAUGGAUCCCAUCGACGUGAAGAUAUCAGAUGCUAUUAUGAACAUGCAGGAGAACAGUGUGCAGGUAUCUCAGAAGGUUUUCCAGGGAUGUGGACCCCCCAAGCCCCUCCCAGCCGGUCGGAUUUCCCGUUCCAUCUCAGAAGGCACCUUCAGUGCCCGCUUCAGGCCCUUCCAUCCUGAGGAGCGCCCCACUACAGCAGCUGGCACCAGUUUGGACCGAUUGGUUACUGAUGUCAAGGAGAAACUGAAGCAGGCCAAGAAGUUCUGGUCCUCUCUUCCUAGCAGUGUCUGCAACGAUGAGAGGAUGGCUGCAGGGAGCGGCAAUGAAGAUGAUUGCUGGAACGGGAAGGGCCAAAGCAGGUACUUGUUUGCUGUGACAGGAAAUGGUCUAGCCAACCAGGGCAAUAAUCCAGAGGUGCAGGUUGACACCAGCAAACCGGACAUACUGAUCCUUCGUCAAGUCAUGGCUCUUCGAGUUAUGACCAGUAAGAUGAAGAAUGCUUACAAUGGGAACGAUGUGGACUUCUUUGAUAUCAGUGAUGAAAGCAGCGGAGAAGGAAGUGGUAGCGGAUGUGAGUCUCAGCAGUGUCCUUCGGAGUUUGAGUAUAAUGCAACUGACCACUCUGGGAAGAGCGCCAAUGAUAAAGCCAGCAGCGCUGGGGUCCCCACUGGGGCCUGGGCCUACCUCCUCACCAUCUUCUGCAUCUUAUCCCUGGUUAUGCAGAGAGAGUGGAGAUAAUUCUCAACCUUAGAGAACAAGUGUUCAUCAUCAGUUACAAAGGCACUGGUUAUCACUUUUAUACCAUCCUAGUGACUUUGCUUUUUAAAUGAAUGGACAACAAUGUACAGUUUUUACUAUGUGGCCACUGGUUUAAAAGAUGCUGACUUUGUUUUUUCAUUCAGUUUUGUGGGAGAAGGGGACUUGUACGUAAGGUCAGUCCGGCCUCCUCAGAGUCAUGUUAAAUGUGGCUAACAGUGUAGGUACAGAACUGUAGUUAGUUGUGCAUUUGUGAUUUUUAUCACUCUGUUUGUUUGUUUUCUUUCUGUUUGUGGGGGUUUUUUCCUUUCAAUAUGAUCUCACCUUGUUUCUUACAAGAAAACCAGGGUCCUUUCUUGGCAUGUAACAUGUACGUAUUUCUGAAAUAUUAAAUAGCUGUACAGAAGCAGGUUUUAUUUAUCACGUUAUCUUAUUAAAAGAAAAAGCCCAACAAGCAGUAAAAUUGCCAUCUAUCCC